UGACGUCAGUAGGUAGGCGUGACCUUUAUGAACAUCAACAAAAGAGAGAACAAGAGAAAGAGAAAGAAGAGAGGAGACCAGAAGCACUGUACGGCACAGAGACAACAGAGAUGUGGAUUUAACCUGCAAUAACAGUGAAGAUACUGUGGUAAAAAACAAAACUAGAGAACACUUCCUCCAGUGCCAGCCAACAGACAUGGAUGCCCACAAGCUGAUGAAGGAGCUGCGGGUGAACUAUGAGCAGGAGGCCUGUUAUCGCCCCAAAGAGACGGGGCUGAGGCUCAUCGAAUCCACAACAGAGGAUAACAGUCGGAUCUCGGCCAAGUGCAGAAAUGCCAAAGUGGAGGACCUGUGGAGUCUGACCAGCUUCUUCGGUUACAGCACGCAGACCUUUGUCCUGGCCGUUAACCUGCUGGACAGAUUCCUGGCCAUGAUCAGGGUCCAGCCGAAGCACCUGUCCUGCGUCAGCGUCACCUGCCUCCACAUGGCAGCCAAAGUGACUGAGGAGGAGUGCGACCUGGCGCCCGUCGACGAGCUCAUCCGCAUCGGCCAGUGCCGGUUCACUGUGUCCGACCUCUGCCGCAUGGAGAAGAUCGUCGGCGAGAAGCUCAACUUCAAGACCAAAGCCGUCACUGCCUUAACCUUUCUGCACUUGUACCACCAGAUCGCACUUUCGCACUCCACGGACAGGACAGAGACUCUGAGCCUGGAGAAGCUGGAAGCUCAACUCAAAGCCUGUCUGUGCCGGAUCUCCUUCUCUAAAGCAAAGCCUUCCGUCCUAGCCUUGUCUCUCCUGAGGCAGGAUAUCAAAGCCGUCCAGUCGGAGGACAUGUUGGAGAUAGCCUAUCACAUCCAGAGACACUUAAAGAUUACAGACGGCGAGCUGCGGCUGUGGAGUGAUCGUGUGGCUCUGUGUCUGUCCGACUACGCCUCCCCUGAAUGCAGCAAACCCAAUCACAGGAAGCUGCAGUGGAUCGUGUCGCGGCGGACUGCCCAGAACCUGCACAGCUACCGGACCGUGCCUGAGCUGCCCACCAUCCCAGAGGGCUGCUGGGAUGAGAGCGAGAGUGAGGACUCCUGUGAGGACGUGAUGAGUUCAGGGGAGGAGUCUCUCAGCAGCUCUCUGGGCAGCGACACCGAAGGGCCCUACUUCCCUCUGCACCUCCGCCGCCAACACCUCCACGCCUGAUGCCUCUCCCGAGGCCUCCUCGUCGUUUCCCCCCCUCUCAACUUCUAUACCCCUAAGUCUUUAAUUUAUUGUUUAAUAAGCUCUGGUGCUGGGGGGGGAGAAUCGCACAACAACUGGCAGCUGAGCAGUCCGAUCUCUUCCUGGUAGAUUUUUUAGUUUGUAGACGCGCCGGUGCAUGUUGAGAUGUCACAUUCCAGGAUUGUAAGAUUUUAAGGACACACAGUUCACAUUGUCAACAAGAUAAGUUGCCAAAAUGUAUUUAUUUAAUUGAAGAAACGUUUUUUGACUGUUAUUAUUGUAAGAUUGCUUUUAUUAAGGGUGAGGAGGAGUUUUAUUGUUGUACAGAAGCUGAGAGCGGCGGUGGUCAGUGAUGGAGAUGUAAACGUUGAAGUUAUUACAUCCUGAUCACCACUGAACCCUCUACAUCUUCUGGAUCACAGGGUUGAAAAGUAAAAACAGUUAGUGAUCACGUCUGCUCUCAUCUUCUGCAGUUAAGUUUCAUGUGCAGUUUUCUUUGUUUGAAAUCUCUUUUGAAGUUUUAAACGGGCCGACUGGAGGCUUGAGUUUGUGUCUGGAUGGAGAAACUCGUAUAGUUCGGUGAACAGUUUCUGACACAUCAGAGAUCGCAUUCAGUCAGGGUGACGUGCCUUGCUCAAAGGGAGCGGAGGGAGAGAUGGUUCAGAUCUGAGCCUUGCCGAUCUACAGGCUGUUCGGAUGAAGAAUAAUUUAAGGAGUGUGCGUUUGUGGAUGUGUGCACGUAUGACCCUGGUUUAAAAUUUAAAGUAGAUACAUUUUAGGAUGUAGCUUAAAAUCGUUUGGUGUUAUGAAACUGAGAAUGCUGUAUGGAACAAAGGAAUGCUGAUGGUGUAAAAGAAAAAAUGUCUAAAAAAUGUCAAAAAUGUAAAGAAAAAUGUUAAUAGAAAAACAUGUAAAACUGUAAAUGAUGUACAAAAAAAAAAUGUUAAUAGUUCUUUGUAGAUAUUAAGUUAUUUAUUCCCUUUUUGUCACCUGUACUGAAAAAAAGUCUAAAAUCUUAUAAAAAAUAUUAUUUUUUAUACUGUUGUCUGUCUUUUUAUUUCAUCAUGUUCGAAAAAUGACAACAAACUGCUUGGAUCUGUUUACUUCACACAAACUGAAAGUGAAAACUGAAUGAACAUAAGUGAUUUAUUCAGAGUCACAGGGCCAGUGAAUUGACUCAAUUAAAUCAUAUA